CCUCCGCGGAACGGACGCGAGACGCACGCCCUCGCGUGACUCGAACGCAAACACGACACUUAAACAAAAAUGAUAGUCACUGACUACUUUUAAAAACAAAAAAAAUACACUUAAUGAUACAAUUGAUUUUAUAUUCGUGCAGUGUCAAAAAAAGGCGGGAAGUGCCACAGAUAAAAAUGACUUGACUUAAACGAUCGUAUAUUUUAAAGUGCAUUUAUGUGAUGUUAAGUUUUGUAUCUUAUUAACCGAUGUCAUGGCGUCAAUUAACUUAUCAUAUUGUAUACGUCUGUACAUUUAACCAUGACCUGUUCGUGCGAGAGUUAGAACUAAUCUUAGAUCGAAACAAAGUGAGGUAGAAAAGAGACGAAUAAAAUCAACAAAACUAAUUAGUGGGAACGUUAAUGUGUUUGAGUGAGACGGCAUUAGUGGCACGUGUCCAAGAUGAAUUUGAUGUUUCGAAAGAACUUCAGCACCGAGAAGACGGUCUCGGGGGGAGGCGGUGGGGGGAAGGCAAAAGGGGCACUAGGAGCGGGCAGGAACGCGAAGCGACGGGACCGGGAGCGCUACUCGUGCAUGGAGGAACACCAUUACAGAACCCACUUGUUCUUCUCAGCACCUAGGGCCAGUACGCAGUAUAACGAUGGCUCAGAACGAUGUGGUCCAGUUAUCGGUGGUGGGACGGGCUCGGAUCCGGAGCCACCGCAACCGCUCGUCACCCGCGAGCCUUCGGUUUCUCUCAUGCGAUGGGAGAAACCGGUUACCACAGAGCGAAGACGAACGGAGCCGGUUUCAUUGGCUACUCUGGAACGAGACUGCUUCGUGAUCCCUGCACACGCUUUAGAGCGGUUCUUGCCUGAUGGUGUACCAUUACCUGUGCCUCCUCCAACGCCAGAGAAGGGAAUCACGACAAAAAAUGCCCAAAAUUCGCUAAGUAUUCUCGAGGUUGCCGAUCCGAAGCUUUGUAUAUUGGCACAUUUGAUGAGCCCCUUAGAACCAAUAGAGCCUAUACUAGAAUCUCCACUUGCCAAACCUUUGAUGAAACAAAAAACUGCCGCAGGAGAGUUAUUGAAUGACGUGGCGCAUGCUAAUACAGCUGUAGGAGGGAUGCUACUUGCUAACAUGGAGAGGAACGCGGAGUUUCCUUUUAUAUCUUAUUACGUGAUAAAUACAACGCAAACGGACCCGUUGUUAUUUUACAAUAACAUGAGAAGUGCCUCGCUGUCGAAGUUCGAUCCAAAAACGAUUAGAUAUUCGGCGGCUCACACUUUGGACCUUUAUAGUGAGGUUGCGAUGAUAUGCAGACCCCCGUUCAAUGAUCUCGCUGGUGGACCAAAGAAAUCGCAUACACCCACAACUGGAUUUAUUAUUAGUGUUUAUAAGGUGUUCGAAGGUGAUGACGGGGAACGCUUCGAACGGAACUGGCUGUACUGGACUGGUGCCCGCAUGCUAUACCGACACCUGCCCCACUCUGUGGGGAUGAGAAAGAUCGCGCUGCACAAGUCGGUGGCGGCGCACGGCGACAAGAUGUAUCUGUUGGUGUGUGAAUGCGCUAACUUGUUGGACGAUUUGUCCGGUGCGUCCAUGUUGGUAACGGCUCUACGCGCCCGGUUGUGCGGAUACACGGGCCUCUACAGACCAAUCCAAACUUUCUAGUGGAGGGAGAAGACCAUCGCCGGUCUUGCGUUUAAUUGUAAGGUUCGAGGGAGCACCGUUUAUGGAUUCGAGCUUCAGUCCGAACGCGUCAAUUGUGGAUCUUUGAAUGUAGAAACGUUGAAUAGAUUCUAGAUAUUAAUUGUAGAUUAUUUAAGAGAAUCGUAUGGCAAUUUCAAAGGUUUACAGAUGCUAAUAAUUGAUUUGCGCCAUUUCUUAGGAUUAUUGGGGAUAUAGAUGACACGUAAUUUAACUUUACCUAUUGAAAUAACAAAUAAGUAAUAUUUUUCGAAACUAACAUCAACGAAUGUAAGCAUUAAAGUCUAGAAAAUGGGAAUGUACCAUGUAGUACUGUUGUAUUUUCUAAAAUAUUUAGAAUACGAUUGCAGCAUUUUAAAUUAUACCUAAUAUUCAACAGUCUUCCUUUUUUUUAAAUAUGACGAACAAAAAUUACAUGCUAAAUACUAUUAGAUAGUAUGUUUAACAAUAAAUGUAC